AUGACUUCAGAACCGGCAAAGACAGAGGUAACAACCAUUGAGAUAGAGGGUAAAACCAAAGAUCUUGAGUUGGGUUCAACUUCUACUGGCGAGACACCAGUUUUAGGCGACGUAGAGACCAAGAAUGAAGGCAGCUCAAGUCUCGGUGAUAAUGAUAAUGGUGAUAACGAUGAUGAUGAUAAUGAGGAAGGAGAGGGAGAAGGAGCCGACUCCACAACCGGGGACAAGAAAAAGAAGAAGAAAAAGAAUGGCAAUAAGAAAAAAAAGAAGAAACUUGUUCCAAUUGAUCAAUCUUUUCCCGAUGGAGUGUUCCCCGAAGGUGAAUGGCAAGAGUAUCAACUAGAUUCAAACAAGUACCGUACAACAUCCGAGGAGAUGCGGUAUUUAGAUAGGCAGAAGAACAACCGAUGGGAAGAUUUUCGUAAAGGUGCAGAGAUCCAUCGAAGAGUUCGUGCUAAAGCCAGAUCGUCUAUUAAACCAGGAAUGACAAUGACUGAAAUUGCAGAUACCAUUGAAAAUUCUAUAAGGGCCUAUGCUAAUGCCGACCAUACCUUGAAAGCAGGUAUCGGUUUCCCCACAGGGUUAUCACUAAACCAUGUAGCUGCUCAUUAUACUCCAAACACUGGGGAUAAGUUAUGUUUAUCAAAGGAUGAUAUUAUGAAAGUUGAUAUUGGUGUUCAUGUUAAUGGACGGAUUUGUGACUCUGCAUUCACAAUGACCUUCAAUGAGGAAGGAAAAUACGAUUCGCUUAUGCAAGCGGUUAAGGAAGCAACUAAUACCGGUAUAAAGGAAUCUGGAAUAGAUGUACGGUUGAAUGAUAUUGGAGCCGCCGUACAAGAAGUUAUGGAAUCGUAUGAGAUGGAAGAAAAAGGCAAAGUUUUUCCUAUAAAAUGUAUCAAAAACUUGAAUGGCCAUAAUAUUGGCGAUUUUGUUAUUCAUUCUGGUAAAACCGUUCCUAUUAUAGCGAAUGGCGAUAUGACAAAGAUGGAAGAAGGAGAGACAUUUGCCAUUGAAACUUUUGGCUCAACAGGGAAUGGGUAUGUUUUGCCUGAAGGUGAGUGUUCACACUAUGCUUUAAACCAGGAAAUCGACUCGAUUAAGCCACCGAGUGAUAAAGCUAAGCAGUUGCUUUCUACAAUACAGCAAAACUUUGGUACUUUACCUUGGUGCAGACGAUACCUUGAACGUACAGGGGUAGAAAAGUAUUUAUUUGCGUUGAACCAGUUGGUUAAAGUGGGGAUUGUAGAGGAUUAUCCGCCUAUUGUUGAUAAACGCGGAAGCUAUACUGCUCAGUUUGAACAUACCAUAUUGUUGCAUCCACAUAAGAAGGAAGUCGUUACUCGUGGUGACGACUAUUGA